UAUUAGUAUCGGGAUGUUGUAUGGUGAAAGUCGUGUGUUACAUGUUGGACACUACAGAACUACAGUUUCGCAGAUAGGACUGGACUUUUGUUAGCGGCGUGAGAAGCGGACUUGCAUUUAUCAGAUACACCCACAGACCUGGAACGCCGAUGACAUAAAGGAUGUAUUGGAAGACGGCUCCGACAAUGUAUUACGCUCUGAUCGCUAUCAACAUGCACGCACAUGUGUGUAUAUAUACACGCCUGCCUUGAUGCACACAGCCGUUACUGUCGCCACAACACUGCUGCCUUUACCGAGGUUGUGAUGUCAUUACUUAAACGUUAUCGCAGUCAAUAGGCACUAUCACGAUCUGGAUAGAAGUGUUCAUUGCCCGGAAGGACUUGAGGUGGCUCGUGUCAUAUCAGUGGACAGGUUGUUCGUGGAAACCAAUUGACAAGGUUUUCAAUUCAGCGAGCAGUAUAGUGAAUCUGAUAAAUGAAGGAGUCAGAUGAUGUUUUAGAUCCUAUUUUUGUCUGGAUUACAUAAACAAAUUACUAGCUCGACUGUCAUGUGAAGACAGCUUCUUGGUUUCAAGUACAGUUAUAAACAUUUCUACCGAAGGAGAAUCGUGGACAGCUCUGUACAGUAUUUAAAGGAGACGAUGGAGGGCAAUGGCCGUCUGGGCUUGCACAUCUUUGUGACCGCGUCCUACCUGUUCAUCGGGAUGUUCAUAUUCCGUAGCCUUGAACUGGACAACGAGAAGGCAAUGAGAGACCAGAUGAUUCAAGAGAUCCAGGCAUUUUUAGCCAACUCCACGUGUGUGACGAUGUCGGAGCUGAUCUACCUGGUUGGAGUUGUGGAGGGCGACGUGCGGAUGGCCAGGGCGGUUGUUGAGAACAGGUCCAUAUCAGACACAUGGGAUUACUCUGGUGCGAUGUCAUUUGCUAUCACAGUCGUCACUACUAUAGGUUAUGGUCACCUCACCCCCGUUACGACGCCCGGUCGUGUGGUCACCGUUAUCUACGCCUUGAUCGGUAUCCCCCUCACCCUCAUCAUGUUGAAGGACAUCGGCGACAAGCUGAGCAACUGGAUAACCCGCUUGUACCGGGUACAGUAUUGUCAGAGGACCUGGAUUAACAGGACCAUCAACGUAUCCAUCGUUGUCUUCGUGGGCGUUAACGUCACCAUACUUCUACCGUCAGCGUUAUUUAUUCACGUCGAGGGGUGGACGAUGAUGGACGCUGUCUACUACUGCUUCAUCACACUCAGUACAAUUGGCUUUGGGGAUUUUCUGCCUUGGGGUGAAGAUCUGUUGAUCUGGAACAGACGUCUGUACAGAUUCUCCCUUUACAUCUGGGUCUUCAUCGGACUGGCUUAUAUAUCUCUCAUCAUCAGCUGUAUCUCAAACACCAUCGUGGAGAAGGCCCGAUCUGUGGAGAGACACACACUCACCAAGGUAGAGGCAGAGCUGAGACGACUGCGCCAGGAAGUGAUGAAGUAUCAGCGCCGGUCCCAGGACAUCACAACCAACAUGGGCGAAGCCAGGUCACCAAGUACACCGUUGGACGUCAAACUAAUGCACUAUAAACAUGUCGGACAAGACAACAACGCCUUUGUGUGUUCUGUAAACUCUGAAACAUUACAUGUCAAAAUCCAGAAAAAUACUGACGAUGUGAAUUAACGUUUAUUCAUGGACACUGACGAGAGCAAGAGCGUGUAGAU